ACCGGAUAUGUCGCCAUAGCCCGUCACCCUUUUGUAGCCACACGUGUCACACCGCUGCCCACGCACAGUAAAUUUCUUGAAGCCUUGAAGCCUGUGUCUGUUUCCGUGUGUGAGGUGGUGCAUCAGCUGUCUUGUAUCGCGUCCCAGGAAUACAAAACCAGGACACCACCUGAAGCAUAAAGAUGGGAUCCCCAAUAUAUAAUCCAGGUCAGCCUAGCAUGACCCCCAUCCCUGGAGGCUUCGGUCCAGGCAAGAUUCUCCAUGUCACAGGCACCUUCACCCCCUCUGCCAACAGAUUUGUCCUGAAACUCCAAUCAGGCCAGGCUGGGGAUCCAACAGAUGAGAUCGGUCUGUGUAUUUAUGGACGAGUGGCUGAAGGCAUUAUUGGCCGCAAUGCCUUCACAAGGGCAGCUGGCUGGGGGCAGGAGGAAGCCACCAGCUCUACAGCCUUUGCUCGAGGCCAAAACUUUGAUCUGACAGUACUGUGUGACUCUGCUGAAUUCAAGAUUGCCAUCAACCAGAAUCACUUCGCAUCCUUCAGUCACCGCACCAACCCAGCCACCCUCGCCUUCCUCAACAUUGACAGCACCAACCAGGACGUCACCAUAGCCUGUGUCUGGAUCGAGGAUAACCAAGCUCCACCGGCGCCCCAGCCAGGCUUUGCUCCUCCCAUGCCAGGCUAUGAACCCCCACCAUCCUACUCUGGGGGACCAGGUUAUGCCCCUGCCUACCCUGGUGCCCAACCCUAUCAACAAGCUGCACCAAACUACAACCAACCGCCGCAGUCCUACAUGCCAGGGGCUCCCCCAUCUCAAUACGGUCAUGCAUCCCCUAGUCACUCCAGCAGCAAUAUGGGAGGCAAGGGCCUGAUGGGGAUGGUUGCAGGAGCAGGAACAGCAGUAGCAGGGGCCUUGGGGGCAUCACAUCUGCUAGGGAAGAAGUCCCAUGGUCAAAAGGGCUACCCUGGCAUGGGGGGCUACCCUGGACAUGGCAUGGGGGGCUACUCUGGACAUGGCAUGGGGGGCUACCCAGGACAUGGAAAGGGAGGGGGCGGGGGUCUCCUCAAUAAGGUGAUGGGAGCUGGGGGAGCAGUUGCUGGGGCUUCCAUGCUUGCCAAUCCAAAGAAAGCCAUGAAGUAUGGGGUGCCCCUGGCAGCCAUGGGGGCUGGAGGCUACAUGGUGCACAAGGGCAUGAAGAAAGGCUUCCAUGGUGGCUGGAGCUCUGGCUCUGGCUCAGACUAGGAGUGAGGCACCCUCCUGGUGGAGUCUUGGUUCAAGGGGCCUUACCUGUUUGCAGACAGCUUAAGUAAUUGUAGUUUUAAGGUUUUAUAUUGCUUCCAGGGAUGGUUGUCAUGAUAACAAUCUUCAUAUAUUUUUCUCAAAGCACUACUUAAUUGUGGAGUAAGCAGUGAGUGGAGUAUAUUUUUGUAUUUUCUUCAUUUCAUGUGUGUAUGUCUGAGCCUAUGAGGGGUAAGAACCCACUACCCUAGGACACAGAUAAGUGUGACAUCCUGGUUACUAGAGUUUACCUUCCUCAGGUUUCUCCAGGUAUCCAUUUAACAGCCAGCCCAAAAUAGAGGAUGAACAGCUUGGUGAGCUGUGUGCUGGCUGUCCCAGGCCGGGAUCGAACCCAAGCCUGUGAACUCAAAGCUAGGUGUGUUAACCACAACACCAUGAAGGAACAUUCUCACCAAGUUGAAUGAGAUACACACCAAACUGUGAGUAGGUAAGCAAAUGUUUUCUAAAACCUUUUAGACAUUUAGAUUUUGCUGUAGCAUUAGACUAGUAGUGAGUGAAUGCUACUGAUCAUUUUAUUGGAGGUGUAAUUAAAAGAAACAAUCAGAGCAGUUCUGAUCUGUAUAGUCAAGUGCCUUACUGCCUUAUGGCAUAGUUGAGGCUCUUGCAAUGCUGUCCAAGGUAUGUUCGUGUGCUGGUCAUCACUCCAGCAUGUUGUGAAUCUCAGCUGGUUUUGACCAGUAGUAUUAAUGUUGGUUUUGAUAGUGAAUGCAAAGCUGCUCUGUCACAUCACAGCACAGGGAGGACAGAUGCUGUUAUAUUUUUCAGGAAAUUGCGACUAAUAUUAAUGAAAAUAUAUUUUUUAUUGAUUUUUAUAUAAAAUAUGAGGUAUAUUUGUAUAAUAUAUAAUAUAUAAAUUAUAAUUACAUAUAUUGCAAUAAAUCAUCUAAUAUACAGUUAUAUACAGUAGAUAUCAUAUCUAAGGAUGCCAAGUUGAAAAGGUCCAUUACUGGUAUAGAUAAAGCUAAGGUAAGAUUGGGGCAUACACUAUAGCUGUGCAUGGCCUUAGUGCUCAUCUCUGUUGCGUUGGCCCUUUAGCCUGUGGUAGGUAAGAACCUAUUACGAUGGGACACAGGACCAGUCUGACAUCUGGGUUACCAGUGUUUACCUUCUUCAAGUUUCCUCAGGUACUUAUUUAUUGACCAGCCUGUAGAGGAGGAUGAACAGCUGGGUGAGCUGCAUGUUGACCGUCCAGGCUGGGAUUCAAACCUGGACUGUGGUUUCAUAGCUAGGUGUGCUAACCUCUGCACCAUGGAGGCAGAGGGUAGAUACAUAUUUAAUGAUUAUGGUUUGAAUUUCAUAAUUUUUUCUAGUCCUUUAUGUCUAGAAUAGUACUAACAAUUUAAAGGUGUUCAUACAGGGAAUGUUUCCUACAUCCUCUUUGAAAAGAUAUUUGCCAUAGGCUGAUUAAAACUUUUGUCCAUGAGUCUCCGUCCAUUAAAAAAUUUACUUGGUCCCACUAGUCAACAGAGUACACUAGCUGAAUAGUCAAAGCUUAAUUUGUAUAAUAAAAUUUUCACGUACAUUUGAAAUCCUGGGAGUAAAACAUGGAAACAAAAUGGCUUGUCCUUUCAAAGUAAAGGCAUUAUGGUCAUCAGGCCGUGAUGUCUCGCUUGAGUUCAAGCCACGAUAUUAGGGGCACUGGGUCCUGCUUGGUCACAAGUUGGCUUGCCAUGUGGCUGCAAGCCAAAGCAAGAGGGAAAGGAGGAGGUUGAAGACUGAUUGAAGUGACGUCACACGUGAACAAACAAAGGAAAUGGCGAAAGACCAGAUGUGAAUAUCAUCAUUAGUUCCUAAAGAUUUAGUUACUACAAAACAUGUCCAUCGUAGAAUACAGGCUAUUAUAUAAUAAACUGAGUUAUGUCAAUGUUUGCCAUUUUGGAUCAUCUGAGUAGGCAGGUGAAAAGCCUGUUUUGUUGUGGCAUACAGCCAGCUAAUCAGGAGGCUUGUCAUGCUUUGAUGACCAAAAUAUGCCUUAACCCACCUAAGUUGUGUGUCUGUUGAAUGAGCGUAAGCUUAUACUUUAUUUGCCUUUCUUCCACCCUUUUGCAGUGCAUGCAAGCACAUGUAUAGCUUCUCUAUGGUUUAAGUUAUUCUUGUCAUGUAAUAUAGCUCAGUAAAAACUAACUAAUUAAAGGCUGAAUGACAAACUCAAGGAA